AUGACAAAUCUCCCAAUCAUUGUAUUGCCGCUACUCAAUGCUAUGAUGUUACGCAAAUACAUUCGGGAGGUAAAUAGUGGAUUACUUGUUCCACAACUGUUACUUACAUUCAACGGGUUAGCUUCAACUUACUAUCAUGCUACAUUGAACCUAUUCGGUCAAUUAGUAGAUGAACUCUCUCUGGUAUGGAUUAUUACUAUGUUUGUUGUCGUGUAUAUUCCAGUAAUGCAAUGGUUCCCAAGAAAGUUUAGUGAGCGACUGACCACAUUCCGACGUAUUGUCGUCAUUCUGACAGCUAUAUUUUCUGGACUCUGCUUCUUGGAGCCUGCCCUGAACGCCAUCGCUUUGAUGUUAUUCUCUGUACCAGCUGCACUAGUGCUCAACUACGAGGGAAAACAUUCACGUGUGGCAUCUAUUCCAGCUCUGGAAUACCAGACAUCGAGAAUUUUCCAAACAGGAUUCUUGCACUCUGGUUUACUUCCUUCGCUUUUUGGUUCGCUGAUCGACUACUCUGCGAUGUUUGGCUUUGGCUAG